CCGACAUCAUUUGCACAGGUGGUAGACGUGUUGUUAUAGCACGCCUAAGGGGCUGCGCUUAGUUUUAUUUGUCUGUUGGUGGUGUGAAGGCUACUAACAGAUUCUCAUCUGGUCCUAGUCAAACUUCCGUGGUCAUAUAAUUCUGUAAUAUUAUCUCAAUUUCUAGAUAUUAACUUGAGUCAGUCCUCUAACUUAAGUUGACUUGUACGUACUUAGUUAAUACUGGAGCGACAUUUGUGGUAUUGGCAACCAAAAAUGGCAGCUGCUCCAGAUACAAGUUCAGCGGAAGCGCUCGUGGAGCAGGGAGCGAAGGAGAUAAAAAACCCGACACCAGAGCAGCUACAGCAAGCGUUACAGCAAAUCGAUAACGAGAUCAGCUUUCUGAUCGGGAAAAUAUCAGACCUCGAUCAGGAGGUAAUUCAAAAGAUGAUUGUGCAGCGCGAAGUUGGAACGAGAAGACGCCUUCAUGUUGCAUAUGAUGGAUGAGCACCCAAAUUUCCAUCGUGUUCCAAGAACAUCUAUUCUAUCAUGAUAAACGUUAUAUAUUACUUAUUUACUUAGAUGGUAUUUUUUGCUAACUCGUCAGUCUCUCUCGCUCUCCCACAACUUUACAGAAACGGGAACACGAACUGGUUCUUAGCGCAUUGGAGAAAGUUCCGGAUGCUAGGAGAUGUUGCCGUAUGGUUGGCGGAAUCCUGGCAGAACGUAUAAUUCUAAUUUUUCUUCUUCACGUUUUCAUACGACGUACUACACAAAAUGGAAUUAUUUUACGGGAAAUUAUCCGGAGUGGUCACCGCAGUCUUUUUUUCAAUCCAUCCCAAGCAACUAUACCCAACAAAUAACAGGAACGGUGAAGGAGGUCCGGCCACAAGUUAAAGACAACAAGGAAAGAAUAGACGGCGUGAUAGGGAAGUUUAAAGAGGACCUUGAGAAGAAGGGAAAGAUCAGGAAGCAGUUCGUUCAAAAGUACUAGUCUUUUCUGAGGUGUCUUCUGUCGAUUCUCAUCUGUAGACUUUUUUGGAAGAACGCUUCCUUGUGAUCAUUAUUUUUUCGAACCAAAGAAAUGCAAAUCAUGCAUCCAGUUCAUCUAGCCUAUAGCUUUACUUUGUGAGUCACCAGGUGAGUAUUGUUUUGCAUCACAUUUUCUAAAACAUACUAGGUACAAUUUGAACCAGACAUCCCAAGCGAAUCCGGUUGCGCAGACCAAGCAAGCAAAUCAGCAGGCAGCCGGGGUGCUUGUGUAGGCGUUUUGCCCGACCAUCUACUGUUCUUCCGGAUGUGCAUAUGCCGUUCGCAGCAAAAGAGAAAUGUGACUCCACCCCAGAAAAUGCCUCAUACUUUUGAAUACUCUAUCCCCAUUGGCCCUUGUCAUGAGCAUAUUGGUUGAUGAAUACUUCAAGAUUUACGUCGUGUGACGAAAUAGUCGAAGGACAGCCUUCUUGUUGGUCAAUAUUACUUAUUCUGUAUUUCUCGCUUGACAAGAAGUUGAUGCACUUCCAAUAGUAAAAUAAAGCGAUGACAGAUGACACUAUCAACGAAAGGUCCUGUGCUCGGUCUCAUCACCAGCACAUUCCCUUGACAGAAGGCGCAAUUGCUCUCCGUCUUCUGUCGUUUUCUGGAACACGUCAAGGAUUUACAAAUUGGAAUCUUCCUGCAAGCUGGAACGAAGUCCAAUGAAAAAAACGUCGAGGUCUGAUAUGAUGAGAAGCGACUUUUAGUAGAGUUGUUGACUAAAAGAGCAUAGGUAUUAUACGUAUACAUAGAUAGCUGGAGGAGCAGUGGCACAAGGACAAGUUGAAC